AUGUUAUUGUCACUAUAUUUUAUAAGUAUAUUAGCAUUAUUUUCAUCACCUAUUUUAGCUAAAAGAAAAUUAUCAGCUACCUCAUUAGUUACAUGUAUGCAAAAUUCUCAAAUUACUCCGUCACAUUUUAAUGUUACUUUUAAUCCAGAUGAUAGAUCAUUAAGAUAUUCUUUAGAUUUAACUACUGAAAUUUCAAAUUAUGUAACUGCUCAUAUUCAAGUUUAUGCUUAUGGUUUUUUAAUUAUUGAAAAAGAUAUUGAUAUGUGUUCAUUAGGUUGGAAACAAUUUUGUCCAAUUUAUCCUGGUUCAUUACAAGUAGAUUCUAUAGAAUAUAUUUCUGAAGAAUAUACUAAACAAAUUCCGGGAAUAGCUUAUCAAGUUCCUGAUAUUGAUGCUGUUGUUAAAGUUAUUGUUAAAGAUAGAGAUUCCGGUCUACAAUUAUCAUGCUUACAGUCUAAUUUUUCAAAUGGUAAAACCAUUUCUCAAACUGGUGUUAAAUGGGCAACUGCAGUUAUUGCUGGUUUAGGUUUAGUUAUUGCUGCUUUAUUAUCUACUUUUGGUAAUUCAAAUGCUGCUUCUCAUAUUUCAGCAAAUUCAGUUUCUUUAUUUUUAUAUUUUCAAAGUGUUGUUAUUGUUUCAAUGCAAGCUGUUGAAAGAGUUCCACCAAUUGCAAGUUCUUGGAGUGAAAAUUUAGCUUGGUCAAUGGGUUUAAUUGAAAUUAAAUUUAUGCAACAAAUUUUUAGAUGGUAUAUUCAAUCAACUGGUGGUACUCCAACUACUUAUUUUAUUGGAGUUACAAAACAAAUUUUAGUUCAAAGAGCAAAAAGAUCUUUGGAUUACAUUGAUGGAAUAAUUAAAAGAUCAAUUGAUUAUGGAUUACAUUCAAAUCAAAACUUGAUAGUUUUAAGAGGUAUCAAAAGAAUCGGAUAUAAUACUAAAAUUGAACCAACUUCAAUUGUAGCUACUGGAUUCACAUGGUUUGUUUUAAUUGGCUAUUUACUUGUUGUUUUAUUAGUGUUGUUAAAAUCAGCAUUAGUUUUAUAUUCAAGACAUAAAAAGGGAAAUAAUAACAAGUUUAACUUUAUUAAAGGUAAUUUUAAUAACAUUUUGAAAGGGUCUAUAUUAAGAUAUAUCUAUAUUGGUUCAACACAAUUGAUUAUUUUUUCAUUAUGGGAAUUUACUCAAAAUGAUUCUCCAGCAAUGAUUGUUCUUGCUGUUUUAUUCAUAAUUUUAUUAUUAUCAGUCUUAUUAUUAUCAUUUUACAAGACUUUAAGAAUUGGUAGGUUAUCCACCAGAAAAUUUAACAAUCCUUCUGCGUUAUUAUAUGGAGAUCAGAAAGUCUUAGACAAAUAUGGAUUCUGUUAUACUAUUUUCCAUGCAAAUAAAUAUUGGUUUGGUAUUGUAUUACUUGGUUAUAAUGUAUUCAAAGCUAUAUUUAUUGCAUUUUGUCAAUCGGCUGGAAAAGUUUCUGUACUUCCAGUCUUCAUUAUUGAUUUAUUUUAUACAAUUUUCCUAAUUUAUGAAUCUCCAUAUUUGAAUAAACCUACAAAUAUAAUAAAUUUCAUGAUGUCAAUAGUUACAACCAUCAAUUCAUUUUUAUUUUUAUUUUUUUCAGAUUUAUUUGGUCAAUCUGCUCCUGUUGCAAGUAUAAUGGGAUGGGUAUUUUUUAUACUAAAUGCUGCAUUUUCAUUAAUUUUAUUAAUUUUGGUUUUAGUAUUUAUUAUAUUAUCAAUUUCAUCAAAGAAUCCAGAUGCAAGAUUUCAACCAGCAAAAGAUGAUAGAUUUUCAUUCCAGAAACAAGAAAAAGGAAAUUAUGAGAACAAUUACAUACCCGAUGAAAAAAAUCAAAAUGGAGAAUUAAAUGCAUUAGGUAUUGCAGCUCAAGAUCAUUCACAAGAUUGGGAAAAUCAAAUGUAUAAAUUGAAUAAUAUUCAAGAAAAUAGUCCAAACGAUAAUUUAACUCCACAAUUCAAUAAUCCUGAUGAAAUAUUCCAAAGUGAGAGUAGUUCAAGCUCAUUAUAUAACGAAAAAGAAUCAGUAGGAUUUGGUUCAAAAUUGAAAAAUAAUUUAUUUAGAAAAUUAUCAAAAAAGAAAUCAACUAAGAGUAGAAAAAGUAAUAGUAGUACUAAUAAAAAUAUUACAAGGAUCUCUGAUACUUUAGUUGAUGAUGAUGAUUUAAGUGAUGAAAAAAGGAAUGAAGAUUAUGAUGAAUUAAGAGAAGUUAAUAAUCCCUAUAAUCUAAAUGAUGGAAAUCACAGGCGAAUGGAUAGUUCAUAUAGUUCGGUAUCUAAUAAUAAUCCAACAAAUACAAAAGGUUUUAUUUAG